AUGGCCACUGCAAUGGCCCAACAGGCUCAGCAGGCUGCAAACCAGUGGAAUAUGCCACCUACUUAUUGGUUGGUGAAACUGAAUACUGGUGGCGGGGGAGAGAAAAAUAAUGGAAGGAAACCACGAAUAUGUGGCUUGGGAAGUCUUCAAGAGAAAUUUUUUGGACAAAUAUUUUCAAAGAGUGUUAGGGUUGAGAAAGAAGACCAAUUCUUGAGACUAUAUCAAGGAAGUCUCACGGCAUCAGAGUAUGCCACAAAGUUUGAGUCCAUAGCAAAACAUUUUCGCUACUUCCGUAACCAAAUGGAUGAAGAGUACAUGUGUGAGAGGUUUGAGAGCGAACUCAAGUAUGAGAUUAAGGAGUUUGUGGGACCCUUCGAUAUACGUCAGUAUCAAGUGAUGGUGGAGAAAUGCAAAAAAGUGGAGAUCAUGAAAUGGGGCCGCCCGAAUAAAGGUGCUAUUGGUGGAUUGGCGAGACCUCAGGGAAAUGUUGACCCAAAAAAUAGAGGCAGACAGUUUCAACAGCAAAAGCCUUAUGCCCACCCACAAGGGAUUGCUAGAGAUAGACCAGGCCCCCAAAACAUGGGAUAUCAGAGGCCUCAGAAUCCAGUACAUAACACAAUGCGUAUUGUUCGAUGCUAUCAUUGUGAACAAGAGGGACAUAGGAUAACUGAGUGUCCCGAAAGAACCAGGAUAUGUUAUGCUUGUAAAAAACCAGGCCAUCUUGCAAAAGAUUUUGGGGAGAAGGACACUUCUGAUAAUAAGGAGGUUGUCAACAAAAAGGAUGUUGUAUGCCCUACUGCUCGAGGACAUGUUUAUCAUAUUAGUGGAGAAGAAGCACCAUCUUCCUCAGAACUUAUUUAG